AUGCCCGAGCGCCCAAUGUCAUCGCAAAGUAGAAAGCGCUUCAGCCGUAUUCUUGAAAUUCCCGACAACUAUGUCACCGACCGAGGAAAAGUACUCCAUCACGUUCAAACUUUCUCCCGACUCGAUGCUGUGGAAGAACAUCCUGACCUGCAAUCACUUGAGAGAGUUCUGUCGCCGCACCCGGAGGGUGAACCAAUGAUCGACCUUGCUGAGCAGAAAAACCGGUGGGAGCCUCCGGCAAGCGACCAGGCGGCCCCAAGUGCCAACGGGGAUGCCAGUCAGAUGACUAUCAACGAGAGAUCAACCAUCGAGUCACUCUUGGAUAGACAUAUUGAAUGCUUAGGCUUGAUUGACAACGGGAUUGAGGGCUCGGGCAGUCCUCCUGAAACAGACAAUCCUUCUGAGGAUCCAAUCGCUCCACCAGACAGUAGCGGAGAAAGCACCAUAAGAGCACCGUCGAUCAUGCCGAGGAUUCUCUCGCCAUGGAAUUUGAGGCCAACAACCUCGAGUUCGACUAUUCAGCACUCGAGCCUCGCCAGUUCCGAGAGGCGUCGACUCAUACCCCGACGUCUCUUUGCUAGUAUGGAUGCUAGAUUGCCCCCUGGGGCAAUUCUAGAAGAUUAUCAAGCCAAUGGCACAUCCAUCUUGUCCUCCGCCAGCUCGAGAAUUCGGGGACCCUCAUCCGGCUGGCAGACACUCCAGUCAACCAGUGGACUGUUAACUUCAGAGUCAACCAAAUCUGACCGGUCAAACACGAAAGGAUCAUUGACGUCGGGUGACAUGGCUGACAUUGACUCGGAUCCUCCACGAGCGAGAUUUAAAGUCAGGAGGCUCUCAGAAUUGAGCUUAAGCCCCGAGACGGAGAGUGCCCUGCCGGUCAGGAGAGUCCAGAAUGCGCUUCAUCGCAGAUCAAAAAGCGACAUACAUGCCAGACAGGCAUCGCAUCAGAGACGGCGGGCGCGGAUAAUGAUGAAGUCCAGGAGGAAAUCACAGAGUCUGGGACAACUGGUAGGCCUCGAACGGACGGGCGGGUUGAUAGCAGACGAAGGCCGAGACGAUGAUUGGACGACGGAAGAUUCGCCCGAAAGGAGGAGUGAGACGUCGCCAGUCGCUGGGUACGCCGAAUUGAGUGCAGACUCAGUGAUGGUGCAGCCGCCGACGACAGUAUCUGAAGGUAGUGUUCUUGUAUCGACGUCGAUGCCUCGAAGAUGGACCAGUAUGCUGGCUGCGAUGCCCGAGCCUGUCAAGAAGGGCAUUGAGAUUGUUCGAAAAGCAUCAGUCCGGACUGUCCAAUCCAACCGAAGCAACGCUAGCAUUGUCGAGCCUCUGAACAGUACGCGAUACAGUUCUCAAAUACCACGUUUGGGGUCGGUGCCUCAGUUGGCCCCUCCAGAAUUUGGACCGCCUCUAACGUCCUCCGAUUUAAAUCUCAGCCUACGGUUCCCCGAUCCACCACAGCCGUUGUAUCGACCCGCUCUACGUGAAGUUCAAAGCUUCUUCUCUGACGAUAGUUCGGCCGCUUUGGCCCAGAGACAGUCCAACGCUAUCAGGAAAAGAUUCGACCUGCACAGUUUUCGAAGCGGUUUCACAAAAUCAUCCGGCUUGUUGGGAACCCGACAUAGCUCUACCCAGCAAGAGAGCGGUAGCUUGAGAAUGAGCCAAUCAUGUCAGAUGAAAGUGCGGCAGUCAUUUGAGUGUCCACAUCCGGACUUGGGUGACACGAUUCCGAUGUCAGAUUUUGCGUACAAGAAGCGGAAAGUGCUGGGCCGGUUCAAGGAUUGGUGGAAACGACAAUGCAUGCAGAAGACCCUAGCUCUGGUGAGGAAGCAGAGCGGGCGGAACAUGGGACACGGAGCUUUUGCAUAA